CCCGCCGGCGCGCCCGUCGCGGCCCGUCGCGUCCCGGCCCGGCCCGUCUCGCCGCCCCGCCAGCCAUGAGCUCCACGCAGUUCAACAAGGGGCCCUCGUACGGGCUGUCGGCCGAGGUCAAGAACCGGCUCCUGUCCAAGUACGACCCCCAGAAGGAGGCAGAGCUCCGCAGCUGGAUCGAGGGACUCACAGGCCUCUCCAUCGGGCCCGACUUCCAGAAGGGUCUGAAAGACGGAGUUAUCCUGUGCACACUCAUGAAUAAGCUGCAGCCAGGCUCCGUCCCCAAGAUCAACCGCUCCAUGCAGAACUGGCACCAGCUGGAAAACCUGUCCACCUUCAUCAAGGCCAUGGUCAGCUACGGCAUGAACCCUGUGGACCUGUUCGAGGCCAACGACCUGUUUGAGAGCGGGAACAUGACGCAGGUGCAGGUGUCUCUUCUCGCCCUGGCCGGGAAGGCCAAGACAAAGGGGCUGCAGAGUGGCGUGGACAUUGGCGUCAAAUACUCAGAAAAGCAGGAACGCAACUUUGAUGACGCCACCAUGAAGGCGGGCCAGUGCGUCAUUGGGCUCCAGAUGGGCACCAACAAAUGUGCCAGUCAGUCGGGCAUGACGGCGUAUGGCACAAGAAGGCAUCUGUACGACCCCAAGAACCAUAUCCUGCCCCCCAUGGACCACUCCACCAUCAGCCUCCAGAUGGGCACCAACAAGUGUGCUAGCCAGGUGGGCAUGACGGCUCCGGGGACCCGGCGGCACAUCUACGACACCAAGCUGGGGACCGACAAGUGUGACAACUCUUCCAUGUCCCUGCAGAUGGGUUACACGCAGGGCGCCAACCAGAGCGGCCAGGUCUUUGGCUUAGGCCGGCAGAUCUAUGACCCCAAGUACUGCCCCCAAGGCCCCGUGGCCGAUGGGGCUUCUGCGGCUGCAGGUGACUGCCCAGGCCCCGGGGAGGCCCCGGAGUACACCCCCUACCACCACCAGGAGGAGGCCGACUACUGAGGUGCCCGUGCAGGGUGUCUCCCCACAUCGCUCCGUGUGGUUUUGGGGUUCUUCUGUUUUCGGCUUGUUUUUCUCCUUGUCUGAGCGCUACCAGCUGAGGGCUUGUGGGGAAGGGGUGAAGCACAUGCAGAUCUGCACGGUGUGGGGGGCUCACGCGGGCCACUGGUUUCCCAGCAGGCUUUGGGCUGAGCUGUAGUGGUUUGGGGGAAGAAACUGGGGCAGGGAGGGGACCAACCCUGAAUGGUUUCCGGUUGCCUCUCCUUCUCUUCCCUUUUCUCUGCUGAUCAGUUUGUGGUUUCUGUACCCACGGAAGUUUCAAGCAGUUUUAAUGAAAGAAGACUUUUUUUUUUUUUUUUUGCAAGGCAGUGGGGGGAUGGUGGAAGGGGGUGCUGGGAAGGAAGGAGGCCCCCUGGGAGAGGGCCAGGUCAUAGUCCGAAAUAUUUGAGGUCUUGUGAGGAACUGGAUUUCUCUGGCUCUCUUGGACUCACCUGUGGCUCGCCCCGGGGGCUAGUGGAGAAACUGAGGUAGGACAACAGAGUUCUGAGUGGUUGAGGCAGAGCCACCCCCCCACCUUCCUGUACUUGUCCCCAUUCCUCUGCCAAGUACUGCACAGGGACCCCCACCCAGAGGUCCUCCCCCGGGACUGGCCCCUAUCCAGGAGCCCUGGGACCAAGAGAUAAUGUGAAAUGUUGACUGUGGACCAAAGGCAAUAAAAACCUCUUUUUAAGGAAGAAA